AUGGUGCAACAACUACUCACAGAAGAUCUAAGUUAUUCAUUUGCAGUAAUUUUCCAAGAGGAAGCUUGGUUUGACUCGGUGAGUAUUCUGGAGUCUGACUCGGAUGAUGACUUUGUCAGUAUACAUGGAGAUGGUUUUCCAUUAGCAAGCAAUCCAGUUGGGAAUAUCUCAAGGGGCCAAGUACUUCAGCAUGAAAGAUCUGCUCGCUUUGUUGAUAAUGAGUGCAAGUAUGAAGAAUACCAAAGCUAUAUGAAAAUUGAUGGAGGUAAAUCAGAUAAAAUCAUAGACAAAGAUGAGCGCAGGGAAUCAAAUCGGUUUUCACUUAUUAAUACCCAAGGCUAUGAACUUUCUCACUUAGGGAAGGCUGAUGAAGUUUGCUGUAAGAGGAAGAAUAUAUUAGAUCACUCUUAUGGAAGCUUUAAAGGACUUACAGAGGAUGGACGUGAUUCUAAUGAAAAAAUUCAAGACAAUGCCCUGAAAUCGGGCUUAUCUCCAUUGGUACCUUCUGUGUUGAUCGAUGUGUCUGUAUGCCCCAAAAAGAUACAUCACAUUGCCCAGCCUCCUGAGCUUCCCAAAGUGAAAGCAAAUGGGAAAGUGUUCAUUGUAAACAUACAGUUGCCUACUUAUCUUGCUGCAAUGUUUCUUGGUGAUAGUGAUGGAGAGAGGAUGAGUCUUGUAAUGUAUUUCAAAGUUUCUGAGAAUUUUGAUAAAGGCAUCUCUUCUUAA